AAAAAAAAUCACGAAAGAAAAUCGUCUCGUUCGACAGAACUUCGCGAGUAAAUUUUCGCUUAUCAAUAAAAUUGUUCCGAUUCGAUUCUUCCUCCGUGGCUAGAAACUCAAAUUGGCAGUCGUUCUCUUCCCGGUGAUUUCCAAUUAAUGUUGAUUGUGUUAUAUAAUUAAGAACGGCGUUCGGCAAACGAUGUGGAGCAAUUCAAUCUAAAGUAAUUCUUGCAUUGGAGCACAGCGAGCGACAUUAGUGAGUGAGUGCUGGAUGGAUGGCGUUCCGCAAAUGACGACGAUUCAUCAUUAGUGGAAUUUUAUGUGCUGGAAAAGAAUCUAUUAGUGCAAAGUGGUCGUGGUCGCAUAGGGGUUGGCUGUCGAGUACUUUAUCGCUAUCAGUCGAAGAAGAUAACUUCCUUUGCUAAGUUUGAUAUCCAAGUUACGUUUGUUCACAGUGCUGGACUGUUGGAGGCUGAUAUUGGAAUUAUAUAAAAUAGAAAAAAGGGGAAGACGAUUUCCUCCCAUAUGCAGGCGAUAAAAUAGUGCCCUUCCAGUCUCCUGCUCCGUGCGUUCCGACGACCUCCUCUCCUCCCGUUGCAGCGUUCUUCAGUUUGCAGCUUUUGACAGUCCUCCUCGUCGUGUCGGUGUCGAACGACGGACGGAUAGACAGUCCACAUAGAGCGAGAGUGGACGGACGAGAUUCAGUGAUUAGCGAGAAAUUACACAAUUUAUUACUAUCUCAAUACGCCGCCCAUCGUCCGUGCGUGAAGUGCAGCGGUGCAAGAAGAGCACCAGUUUAUGUGUGUGUGUGUUUGUGUGGAACAUCUGCACGAACCACCAUUGUGCCCCGGAAGAGCUAGUUGGACGUGAAAGAAGGGAAUCACGGAAUAAGCGACAUUUUGGCUCGAUCAAUUGGAUUAGCAAACAGCAGCAGCAGCAGCAAAAAUGAACUUCCUCCGAUUCGGCCAAUCGGCGGACAUUGACAUCGUGUUUGACGGUGCCGAGAACCGGCAGCACGCGGACAUCAAAACCGAGGAUGGCAAAAAGGAAAAGUACCUCCUGUACUACGAUGGUGAAACCGUCAGCGGAAAGGUCAACAUUACACUGAAGAAACCGGGCAGCAAACUGGAACAUCAAGGCAUCAAGGUGGAACUAAUCGGACAAAUUGAAUUGUACUACGACCGCGGAAAUCAUCACGAUUUCCUCAGUUUGGUCCGUGAACUGGCCCGCCCGGGGGAUCUCAUUCAGAACACAUCGUACCCGUUUGAAUUUGCCAACGUAGAGAAACCCUACGAGGUGUACGUUGGAUCCAAUGUCCGUCUGAGGUACUUCCUGAGGGUAACGAUCGUGCGCCGUCUGAGUGACAUCAUCCGCGAGGUGGACAUUGCUGUGCACACCCUGUCGAGCUACCCGGACACCAACAGUCCAAUUAAGAUGGAAGUCGGUAUCGAGGAUUGCCUGCACAUAGAGUUUGAAUACAACAAGAGCAAAUAUCAUCUACGAGACGUUAUUGUGGGCAAAAUUUAUUUCCUAUUGGUGCGCAUUAAAAUCAAGCACAUGGAAAUUGCCAUCAUCAAACGCGAACAGACUGGAUCGGGUCCCAACAUCUUCACCGAGAACGAAAUAAUUGCCAAGUACGAAAUCAUGGAUGGUUCACCGGUUAAGGGGGAAAGCAUACCGAUCCGAGUGUUCCUGGCCGGUUACGAUCUGACGCUGACGAUGAGGGAAAUCAACAAGAAGUUCUCCGUGCGCUAUUUCCUAAACUUGGUCCUUAUCGAUACGGAAGAUCGGCGGUACUUCAAACAGCAGGAGAUUACCCUGUGGCGCAAGGCAGACAAGACAAGGAAAUCGUUAACGCCGUCGCAAGCAGCUGCGGUAGCCGCUGCCCAUGGUCAACAGGGGGCAAAUGCUGUCGGCACUGGUGGUCAGUUGGCACCGCAGGCCAGUGCUACUAAUCCUCACAUACCGCACCAUUUGGUGGGACAGACACCAGUGAUGAAGGAACCUCUUUUGGAAGAAUUGAGCAAUAGGAAGCCGGAAGAGAACAACCCUAUCAUGGGACUGUUUACCGAGGACAAUUCGCAAUCAGACUUGCGACCAAAGCCGGCCGUCCGGCAGCGUACUGAUGAAACCACUGGCAACGGUGAAGACACUAGCAGGAAACCUAACGAGCUUGCACCGACGGACGCAACCGAAGAAGACACCCUGCCCCAAUCUCAGCAGCAUUUGCACCGGGAAGCUGGUGAUGGGGCAGCAUCGAUUUCACAUACCACCGACGAGGAAACCUCGUCGCUGUUCGAUGCCAACGAUUUGAGCUUCAACGCCAACAGUAAUCCUCCAGCGACACCGGCAGUGACGGCGGUGGCAGCGGCGGCGACGACAAUGACGACGACGACGCCGGCGGCAACGAAUGACGAUGGCUCCUCGAGUCCAAUCGCUAUUGCUGAUAUUGGUUCAAUUCCAGCUGAAUCGGAGUCGAGUCCGACGGCAACGGUGCCGCCAAAACCAGAAGCAGCUCCACGUGAAUCAAAACAACAGCAGAAGCAACUCGAGGAACCUCUGGCGGAAUAAGUCUACACAUCCCUAGCACGGCAAGAGAAGAUUCUCGACUCAAGCAAAAUCAACGGCAAGGAGUUUGUUCUAUUGCAACGCAUGCAGGUAAAUAUAAAUAAAAAUCUUCAGUGUAUUAGCCUUCACAGAUUGAACGCCGAACACCUUCGAUGUGUGGUGUUUGGACUUUGAUUGCAUUUUGGCUCCUUAUACUCCUUCUUAGUUAGAGUAUAACGACAGAAAUGCUACUAAGAAUAUUUAUUAACAAACAAAAAUCGUCGGUUUACGUAAGAGAAAAGUUAACACACCAAGAAACCAAACAAAAUUUAUUCGAAUAGAGAGCUUCAAGCUAAAAUCCAUCCCCGGAAACGAUCAAACAGUGUAGACAGCACCAAUGUUUAGGAAAAAUUUACUAAAGCAAUUCUCAACAGCGAGCCUUGUUCCGGACGUGGACAAGCAGCUGGUACAAUCUUUCUAUACACCUACUAGAAUCUUUCUCAACGAGGACUGUGUGUACAAUUAAGCAUGAAUAACGUAUUUCAGUGAAGCAACUGCUUCAAGGUGGUCUCUCGAAAAUGACUGUUGUUUCGAGCGGGAAGGGAGAACAGUUCGUUGUAAAGUUAAUUCUACUAUUUUUGUUCCGUCAAUAUUUGUUUAAUACCGUGAAGAAAUUGAAACUCAGACUAACAAAAACAAGCAUAAUGUAACAGAAGAAUACAAUGUGUCGAUAGAAAAACAAAUACGAGCAAAUUUUAAGUGGAAUAUUUAAUAACACAAAUCAGAGAGCAAAGCAAAACAAGAACAAUGGAAAAGGGAAGAAAAGUACUAAGUGAAACUACUUUGAGAUCGUGACGAGGACUAAGUGAAGCAGCAGAACAGAAAAAUCGAGCAAUUUGAGAACUGAAUGAAAUGGUGAAGAUGGUUCGGCAGAAUAUAUUAUAUUGAAAAAAUAAACAAGUUAUGUAUAUCAAAGAAGAAA